AUGUCAAUUCAAGCGUUAAAUAAUCUCGGUCGUCCAGUUGAGUGGUGGGACGAUUUGCUCGUCUAUCUCGUCGUACAAAAAUUAAAUAAAGCCACGCAUAAAGCAUGGGAAUUACAUUUAGGCGAUAAAACGGAAUAUCCGUCGUAUACGGAUCUUCAUAACUUUCUCGCAUCGCGAAUUCGAGCGUUCGAGAAUAUUCCAACGACCAGUACGGUCAAAACAAAACCGAGCAAGUCGUCCGUGCAAAGUCACACGACGACCGCUACCGGAGCUCAUUGUCCGCUUUGUAAACAAGAUCAUCUCUUGUCAGUAUGUCCUGAUUUCAAGAAGAAACAGGUUAACGAGCGUCGCGAUCUUAUUGUCAAAUUUAAACGAUGUCUCAACUGUUUAAGCGCUCGACAUUUCGCGAACACAUGUCCGAGUAAACAUAACUGUCGUCAAUGCCAACAAAGGCAUCAUACGAUGCUUCACGAAGCGACGACAUCAAGCGCGACCGAGAAUUCCCUUGAAUCCAACGAAACGAAUACGUCAAAUGAAAACAACGUCGUUUCACAUUUAAUUACGAAAACAACAUUUGACAAAUCUCGUGUUCUAUUAGCUACCGCGCGGAUUCAGGUGUGUUCUUCGUCUGGUCGCACAGAUGUCAUACGCGCAUUGUUAGAUCAAGGAUCUGUCACUAGUUUAAUUAGUGAAAAUCUCGCUCAACGGCUACGGUUAUCGCGAACACGCGUUGCUGUCUCGGUUACCGGAAUCGGUGAAACGCAAUCCGUCGCACGACAUGCUGCUCUUAUUUCGGUAUCAUCUAAGACCGGCAAGGGUCCGUCAUACUCAACGACCGCAAUUAUUAUGCGCUCUCUGACUAAAUACACGCCGCCUAAAAUAGCAUAUCAAAUCUCUCUCGCUCAUUUAAGCGGCCUGCCAUGGGCUGAUCCGCAGCCCUCAAGUGCCGAUCCGAUCGAAAUGAUCAUCGGCGCUGAUCUAUACGGUGCUGUUCUGUUACCGGGCCUGUGCUCAGGUUCCUCUAAUCAGCCAACAGCUCAGAAUUCCAUUUUCGGCUGGAUCAUGUCUGGUCCGAUUUCGACGAGUUCGUCUUCAAACAUGUCUAACGUGACAGUUAAUCAUACCACGUUGCACGACAAUCUCGAUGACGAAAUUCGUCAGUUCUGGGAAGUCGAAGAACUUCCGCAAGUAUCAUACCUCACUCCUGAGGAACAACGUUGUGAGGAACAUUUCCGAGCAACUCAUUCUCGUGACUCUAAUGGACGGUACGUCGUACGGCUACCGUUCAAAGCCAAUCCUCCGAUUGCAAUAGGCGAAUCUCGUCACAUCGCCUCAUCACUUCUUUCACGGCUUGAAGGCCGUCUUCAAAAUAAAAGGGAUAUCGCAUCCGAAUAUCGAGAGUUCCUACUGGAAUACGAAAAUCUCGGUCAUAUGAAGAAAGUAGACGAACCCGUCUCUGCUUCACAAUCAGUUUACAUCCCGCAUCAUGCGGUGAUUCGCGAGCAUAGCAGCACCACGCGGUUGCGCGUCGUGUUCAAUGCAUCUCAGUCGACAUCGAACGGCUCUUCACUUAACGAUCAUCUCAUGAUCGGUCCUAAGUUACAAACCGACCUUCGUUCGGUAAUUCUUCGAUGGCGACAACAUCGUUAUGUUUUCACUGCCGAUAUCGCAAAAAUGUAUAGGCAGAUUCAAGUCGAUCCGCGAGAUCAAGAUUAUCAGCGCAUCUUAUGGCGCUCUUCAUCAUCCGAAGCGGUGCAAGACUACCGCUUGCUUACUGUUACUUACGGUAUGGCGUGUGCUCCAUACCUCGCUCUUCGCACGAUUCAGCAAUUGACGCAAGACGAAGGCGCUCAAUUUCCUCUUGCUCAAUCAGUUUUACGCAAUCAAAUCUAUGUAGAUGAUUGCAUCUUCGGCGCGGAUGACAAGCCGCUUGCAAGGCAAAUCCGCAAUCAAUUAAUUUCAUUGUUACAAAAAGGUGGAUUCCUCCUCCGUAAGUGGGCAAGCAACUGCCCUACGUUACUCAACGACCUACCGGUCAAUGAAAAGAGUCUCAGUCAAGGCAAAAUUCUGCAAAGCGACGAAAGUUUCAAAGUCUUAGGCGUCACGUGGCUCCCUGCUACCGAUACAUUCCAAUUUUCAGUCGAAGUUACCACGUCGAUCCCAGAUUCUAAACGGAAAAUUCUGUCUACUAUAGCAAAAUUAUUUGACCCGCUCGGGUGGCUUGCUCCGGUCAUAACUACUGCUAAAAUUAUCAUGCAACAAUUAUGGGCUACUAAGUGUUCGUGGGAUGAUCCAAUUCCACCCCCUCUCAUGCAAAAAUGGAACAAUUAUCACACGCAGCUAAUUAAACUGCGUAAUAUCUCUUUGCCACGAUGGACUGCCUUCGGUUCCGACACAAGUCACUGUGAGCUUCACGGCUUCGCUGACGCAUCGUCCGUCGCAUACGUCGCUGUCAUAUAUCUUAAAGUGAUCUCGCUCAUGGGAUCAGUUACUAUUUCGCUAUUAAUAGCAAAAUCCAAAGUCGCGCCUCUUAAGCCCUUGAGAAUUCCAAAACUCGAACUAUGCGCUGCUGCGCUUUUAGCACGAACAAUGUCGUUUGCCCGAACGAUAUUAGAAUUUUCGACAAUUCCAUGUCAUUGCUGGACGGAUUCAACCGUCACUCUCUCUUGGCUACGCCAAUCUCCAUCUCGAUGGAAAACGUUUGUCGCGCAUCGAGUGCACGAUGUGCAAACUCUAAUACCUGAUGCCACGUGGCAUCAUGUUCCGACUCAUCAGAAUCCCGCGGAUCUAGCAUCACGCGGAGUUACCGCUUCCUCGUUCGCGGAGAGCUCACUGUGGUGGCAAGGCCCCGAGUGGCUCAAGCUUCCUUCAAGUAUGUGGCCGAAUGAAUCUCGGCAAGAUCACGACACCUCGCUCGAAAAACGUUCGACCCUCGUCGUACAAACUCUCGAUAUCGAAUCUCAAUGGGACUUAGCUUCCCGCUAUUCUUCAUGGCCGAAGCUUCUUCGCAUAACGGCCUAUCUAAUCCGCUUUAUUAAUAAGCUUCGAAAUCGUAUAUACAAAAAGCGGUCGUCAAACGACGAAUCCGAUUCUAUUCCAUCCGAUAUAAUUUCGGUGGACGAAUACAAACACGCGCAACUAUUUUGUUUACGCGUCAUUCAACAAAAUCUUUUUCUCGAUGAUGUACGUCGAUUAAAAAAUUCGAAACCCGUAGCGAAAACUAGCAAACUAAUCUCACUAAAUCCAAUCUUGGAUGACGAUAAUUUAAUUCGCGUAGGCGGUCGAUUACGAAAAUCCGACCUUUCAUAUAACGCUAAAUGUCCUCUCAUUCUAGCAGCACAUCCACUCGUUACGUUGAUAAUUCAACACGCUCAUCUGCGUUCGCUCCACGCGGGCACGCAACUAACAUUAUGUGUUUUACGCGAAGAAUUUUGGAUUCUUCGCGCUCGUCAAACUGUGCGAGCCGUCUUGUAUCGUUGCAUUACUUGCACGCGCGAAAAGGCGGUUAUCCCCAGUGAACUCAUGGGCGAUCUCCCGGCAAUGCGCAUUCGACAAGUCGAUCGCGCAUUCUUACAUUGCGGACUUGACUAUGCCGGGUCCGUUCCUGUCAGAUUAACUUCAGGCCGUGGAUACAAAUCUCAGAAGGCCUACAUUGCCGUAUUCGUCUGUAUGACGACGCGCGCAAUACAUCUCGAUUUAGUCAGCGAUUAUACUACCGCCGCGUUUCUCGCAGCAUACGCGCGCUUCUGCUCUCGGCGCGGGAUGCCGACCGAUUUAUAUUCCGAUAACGCAAAGAAUUUUCGCGGAGCUGAUCGCGAAUUGAAAGCUGCAAUUCAUGCAGCAAAACAAGAUUCAAACUUGCGAAGCAAACUAUCGUGCGACGGUGUCCGUUGGCACUUCAUUCCCCCUUCCGCGCCUCACUUCGGAGGCCUAUGGGAAGCCGGCGUUCGCAGCGUCAAAUAUCAUCUCAAACGCGUUAUCGGUUCACACACGCUGACAUUCGAAGAGCUUACGACGCUGCUCUAUCAAAUCGAAGCGUGCCUCAACUCACGUCCGAUAGCUCCGAUGUCAGAUAAUCUUGAUGAUUAUUCAUGUCUGACACCGGGUCAUUUCUUAAUUAGUAGCGCUCUCACAACGCCGCCAUCUCCUACGCUAUUAGAAACAAAAGAAACGCGCCUGACUCGCUGGCAACUCGUGCAGCAAAAAAGCGAAGUUAUUUGGAAAGCCUGGUCAAAUAAUUAUUUAACCGGAUUACAACAGCGCUCAAAAUGGUGCGUCGCUCAAAAACUAGCCCGAGUCGGACGCUUAGUUCUUUUGCGCGAUCCCCUUGCACCACCGUGCAAGUGGGAACUCGGUCGUAUCAUUGAAUGCCACACCGGAGACGACGGUCUAACGCGCGUCGUCACUGUGAAAACGUCAAAAUCGACGUAUAAACGUUCCAUAGUGAAGCUAUGUUUCUUACCCGUUGAUUUAAACGAAACGUCCACAUGA